CAAACAGAAUUUGUGUUUAGUGAGUCUGCCAGAUCAGAGGCAGUAGGGAUGGCCAGGGAUGUUCUCUUGAUAAGUGUGUGAAUUGGACAAUUUUCCUGUCCUUUUGGGUGUCAGUGACAAUCUAUCGAGUAAAAAGUACCUUAUUGUCUUCAGGAAUGUAGUGAAGUAAAAUUUGUAAGAAGUAUUAAUAGUAAAGUACAGAUACCUCCCAAAAAAAACCUAAGUACUUUACACCACUGGAACUGUCUUCGAUUAUGAGACACAUCCUAUGACAGAUCACUAUCAGUUUACAUAAUAGCUACAGCAUUCCUGCAAAAGGUCAAAUAUAUAGAUUGCUUGUUAUGUUAGCCUGACUUUGGAUUUUAGAGACAGUUGUUUGUCCAACCCCUUGUCACACCUCAACCAUAACCUGGAUUUGUACUGUAUGACAUUGGAGAGGACAAGUGAGUCAUAGAUGGUGUCUAAAUUGGCAUCAACAAGCUGAUUAGUAACAGUAUUGUAGGCCUUAUAAACAGCACUGCCUCAAUGUGGUAUUGGGAUGCAUUCAUUAACUGUUGGACCAGACAGUAACUGGGCCUGAAGUGUCCCCUGGUUCUGAAUAUGUGCACAUGAGAUCUGAGUGUGUUUGGGUUUAUCAGAGACUUUUGGUGUCUAGACCUAUAUUAAUGUGAUGAUAGUUUACAGUUGUACUUGACUGAGAGAGCUAGGUUGAAGCUAAGUGGACUGUGUUGUGGUUCCGCCCUGCAACAAUGUCGACCCUAUUGUUGCUGCUAUUGCUGAGCAACUCAUGCAGGCUGGGACAGUCUAUGUCACGAGAGGAGAAGCUCAAGCUGAGGAACCAAGUGGUUGAGAUGUUUGACCAUGCUUAUUCCAAUUAUAUGGAUCAUGCAUACCCAGCAGAUGAGCUGAUGCCUCUGACGUGUCGGGGGAGGGUGCGUGGGCAGGAGCCCAGUCGGGGAGACGUGGACGACGCACUGGGGAAGUUCUCUCUCACCCUCAUCGACACCUUGGACACUCUAGUGCUCUUAAAUAAGACGACAGAGUUUGAAGAAGCAGUGAGGAGAGUGUUGAGAGAUGUGCGACUGGACAAUGACAUUGUGGUGUCUGUCUUUGAGACCAACAUCCGUGUGCUGGGGGGGCUGCUAGGGGGCCACUCCAUGGCGGUGAUGCUGAAGGAUACAGGGUAUCACAUGCAGUGGUACCAGGAUGAGCUGCUCCACAUGGCCAAAGACGUGGGUCUCAGACUCCUGCCUGCCUUCAACACCAGCAGUGGCCUGCCUUACCCCAGGGUAAACUUGAAGCAUGGCCUCAGGAGUCCUGAGAGUCGGACGGGCACAGAGACGGACACCUGUACAGCUUGUGCUGGCACAAUUAUCCUGGAGUUCGCUGCCUUGAGUCGCUUCACUGGGGACCCUGUGUUUGAGGUCCAUGCACGGAGAGCCCUCGACUUCCUUUGGGAGAAGAGGCAGAGGAAUAGCAACCUGGUGGGAACAACCAUCAACAUCCACUCAGGAGAGUGGGUCCGCAGGGACAGCGGAGUGGGAGCAGGGAUUGACUCGUAUUAUGAGUACCUGCUCAAGGCCUAUAUUCUCCUGGGAGAUGACCUGUUUCUGCAGCGCUUCAACAUUCACUAUGCGUCUAUAAUGAAGUACAUCAGCCAGCCUCCUCUCCUGCUGGACGUUCACAUCCACAAGCCUCUGCUGCCUGCUCGCACCUGGAUGGACUCCCUCCUGGCCUUCUUCCCUGGGCUGCAGGUGUUGAAGGGAGAUAUCCGGCCGGCCAUUGAGACCCAUGAGAUGCUGUAUCAAGUCACCAAGAAACACAACUUCCUCCCAGAGGCAUUCACCACUGAUUUCAGGGUACAUUGGGCUCAGCAUCCACUAAGACCUGAGUUUGCAGAGAGCACCUAUUUCCUGUACAAGGCUACCAAAGACCCCUACUACCUGGAGGUAGGCCGCACGGUGCUGGACAACCUGAACCGAUUUGCCCGGGUCCCCUGUGGCUUUGCUGCCAUGAAGGACGUUCGCACCGGGAGCCACGAGGACCGAAUGGACUCAUUUUUCUUGGCAGAGAUGUUCAAGUACCUGUUCCUGCUGUUUGCGGAAGAGGAAGAUCUGACGUUUAAUGUUGAGGAUUAUAUCUUCACCACCGAGGCACACCUUCUGCCCCUGUCCCUGUCCACUGCCCCUCACGCCCCCUCUCCCGCUAACGCCACGGUACAGGCUCCAUCUCUGCCUCAUCUCUCCGCCUAUGUCAAAUCUCUUUGGUCAGAGGAGGAGUUGGAUGAUUCUAACUUUGAUUGGACCUGCCCCAACACACGCCUCCUUUUCCCCGACCCCGCCUUUCCACGGAACCUCCGAGAUCCAAUCAGGAGUGCUGUGGACAAGAGUUGUCCCCGUCCUGCCAUUCACCGUGAGCCGGGGAUCGGUCGCCCACCUCUGAGGGCUCAGGACUUCAUGGCCAACAACCCUGAUCACCUGGAGCUGCUGAGGAGGAUGGGAGUCAGCCUUAUACACCUUAAAGACGGCAGAGUGCAGCUGGUCCAACACGCUACACAGGCGGUCAGUGCUGUGGCAGCAGAGGACGGCAUGCGCUUCAUGCAGGAGAUGAUGGAGCUGUCCAGCCAGCAGCAGAAGGAGCAGCUCCCUCCGCGCGCUGUGCAGAUAGUCUCCCACCCCUUCUUCGGCAGAGUGGUGCUGACUUCUGGCCCAGCACAGUUUGGCACAGAUCUUUCCAAGAGCAUCACGGGGGUUCGUGGGUUUGUGACAGUGGCUGAACCAUACAGUGGCUGUGCGGAACUGAGCAACGCUGCCUUUGUACAGGGCCGCAUUGCUCUGCUGCAGCGGGGCCAAUGUAUGUUUGCUGAGAAGGCCAGACACAUCAUGAAGGCUGGGGCCAUCGGAGGCAUCGUCAUCGAUGACAACGAGGGUAGCAGCAGUGACACUGCUCCCCUCUUCCAGAUGGCUGGCGACGGCCGCAACACAGACGACGUCACUUUGCCCCUCCUCUUCCUCUUCUACAAGGAAGGCAAUAUCCUGUUGGAGGCUCUCAAGGAGUACAGGGAGGUGGAGGUGCUGCUGAGCGACAAGGCCAGAGACAGAGGGAGGGAUGUUCAGGAGGAGGAGGAAGACUGUUCAACAGACCAAACUUCACCUGUCCCUGCCGCAACUCUCGACCAGUCACACGUGAGGACUGUGGAGCAGGAUGAAUCAGCUUCCCACAAUGAGGAAGUGACUCCUGAGGAAGAUGUGGGACCUGCCAUUAAGAGGAACCCUGAGCCAGAGGAGGAGCCUGAGGUUGACAAGGACUCUAGCAGAAAAUCAGUGGAAGCCAUGAUGGCUGAUUGGCGAGAGGACUUAGAGGCGUUUCAGCAGAUGGAAGAUGAGCUUUGACAACUUCCACAGUUCCCCCUCCUCCGGUCUGUCCCAGCCACCGUACAGGCCUGGGGUCAGUGGACUGUGCCUCAUAAAGAAUAAGGUUUUAGUGGGGUGAUGUUUUAAUAAGGAACGGUUACCAGGGUAGAAUACAGUGACUUCUUCUACAGCCCAGAUAUCUACUGUCUGGCAGUAUGAACCUCUGAUUAUUCACUAUUUUCUGGUUUUGUCUUAUUUUCACAUAUUGUCUUCCUCCAAAUGCUUUUCCAGGUCACUGACAUGUGGGAGCAGAUUCCAAAUGCUGGUUGAAUUAUAAUCCACUGGUUGAUUGGUUUAUUUAACUGUAAUGAUUAACUGAUAAGUUGUUGGAACAUUUACUAUUUUAUUUUGUGGGCCUAAUUUGUGGGGUCAAUAUUAAGCUACCUGACUGUGAGGGACUGCAGUGGCAAGCAGUCUAUAAAAGGCUGAUGCUGAGAAUCACUUAGCACUGGCACUCUCCAGGAAGAGACAAAGUUAUAUGUGACUGUAAAUAUGUAUUUGUCAGUUAUUUCCACGAUGGUUUGAAAUACAGUGCUGCUUUGCUCAGGUUCUGGUCGGUAUGAGAGACACCGGGUACUGGCUACCCAAGAGGGCAGACAGUACCACCAGCUGACCAGCAGAGGGGAUCCUUGUUUGAGACAUCUUACUGGUCUGACUGGAGCUUGAUGACAUACUGGAAGACCAAGGAAACAAAAAAGCCAACAACAUAAUGAACUUUAAUUAAAUUGAUAAGGAAAUUGAAAA